AUGAGAAUCGGGUGUCUUCAGUUCGCGCCUCAAUUGGGAGAUGUCGACAACAACCUGAAUCGGGCAGAUGCGGUGUUGAGUCGAGUCAAUCCUAAGGAUCUGGGCAAACUUGACCUACUGGUUCUCCCAGAGCUUUGCUUCUCGGGAUAUAAUUUCAAGUCAUUAGAGCAGAUUACUCCCUACCUCGAACCGACUACGUCUGGCAUCACAUCGCUAUGGGCUCGCACUACGGCUUUGAAAUAUAACUGUGUGGUGACUGCCGGGUAUCCAGAGAAGGUGGAUGUAAGAGCAAAAUGGCCAGCGGGACCAGAGUACUACAACUCCGCCAUCACGGUCAAUGCAGACGGAGAGACCGUGGCCAACUAUCGAAAGACUUUUCUUUACUCUACCGAUGAGACCUGGGCAUUGGAAGGAAAGGGCUUCUAUAGUGGAAAGAUCGAUGGGCUAGGAAAGGUGGCCAUGGGAAUCUGCAUGGAUUUAAAUCCCUACAAAUUCGAAGCGCCAUGGAACGCCUGGGAGUUCUCUUAUCAUAUUCUUUUCAAACAGGCCAACUUGGUCGUCAUGUCCAUGGCAUGGCUGACUAGGGAAGACAUCACCACCUUCAGCCGUUCACCUCACGAGCCAGAUAUGGAAACGCUGUCUUAUUGGCUAUCACGUCUUGAGCCUUUGAUCAGAGCCGAAACCGUUGGAGAAAUCAUUGUUGUCAUGGCUAAUCGAUGUGGCUCUGAGGGUGAUGCUGUCUAUGCAGGAACCAGUGUUGUACUUGGUAUUGAGAGCGGCGAAGUCAAAGUCUAUGGCAUCCUAGGACGUGGCGACAAGGAACUUCUUGUGGUCGACACUAACAGACGACCAAAAGCAAAACUCGUUGCGGAACCUGCAUCGGCGGCUUCCACUGCCACCGAUACGACUACUCAGUCAAGAGACACCGAUGGUUCUGCUUCGACCGCUUACACUUCUCCGGAUGAAGAUAUGGUAGAGGAUAUGGAAGACUAUAACGACGGAUACAGCUCUCUCUCGCCCAAGGAAUCGAAGACUCCUGCAGCAUAUUCGGGUACUACUUCCUCUGAUGAUGAGAGCUUUUAUCGAGAGUCGUUACCGUCAGCCAAAAGCUACUCCAGUCAGCCAUCUCCACGGUUCCCAACCGCUCCGGCUUCUCCACAUUCUGCAAUGAGCGUUCCACCAUCGCCACAAACACGCGGUCGAAGCCGUACUCGAGCGCAGCCUAUGCUUACACACAAAUCCCCAUGGGCGCAUCAUGAAAAGUCGUCCAAGACAGCAACCAAACCAACCACACCAGUAGCACAAGCAAGCCAACCACCUUCACCAAUGACAAGGGGUCGAACACGCGAACGUACUCGAGAUCCUGCAGAAGUGAAGCCAGAGCCGACUUCCAUAUUAAAGAAUGCACAUUCCUCCUCGAACCCGAACCCGUCCCCACCUAAAAAGAGAGGCCGAACCCGUGAUCGUACCCGAAGCCGUGUUGCUACAGAAGCUGCCACUCUCAGAAAGGACUUGCCAUCACCUAGUAUAAACUUCCCUUUGGCUGCCGAGACACAGGGUAGCAUUGAAGAGCGUCGUCAAAAGGCCAAAGCAGCCGUUGAACACCAACGAAAACCUUCAGUAGCGGAAGAUUCAGAGCCGAUACUACUGUCCCCCAUGACCUACUCACCCACAUUCGCUCCAACGUUCCCUUCAACAUCCGCUCCGCCAAAGGAAUCCCCAGUCCUCCUAUCUCCCCAUACUUACUCGCCAAAAUCAUCUCCGAAAACAUCUCCAAAGCAAUCACCAUUACCAUCACCGACUGUCGAAGCACCUCCGAUCCCACCACGAGGUCGAGCAAGAGAGAAGGUCGAACCCAGCAUAUCUGUUGUUACCACUCGCGACUCAACAUCCAAUACUGAGGGCAAAUCAUCAAAUACCUCUGGAACAACAUCAAAAUCAUCUCUCCCACCCACUUCUGCAGAACCCGACCGAUACCAAUCAUACUUUACGAGCAAGACGUUUGGGGAGAGGGGUGAGCAUAUUAAUGCUAGACCUCGCAGUGCAUACUGGUGA